AUGGCGGAAGUGCUAGAGAUAGAUGAGUUAGACCUCUCAACGAUUAACCAAUCCAACAAAGCAUUACGAGACAGUCUUGAGAACCCUGAUCCCAAAGUUGAAAUCUCGAUUGCAAAUUCGAUUUGGUCCCGUCAGGGUGUUGAAUUCAACUCCGAAUUUUUAGAGCGAAAUCGGGCGUUUUUUGGGGCGGAGAUUGCCUCGCUCGAUUUUAGUGAUCCGCAAGCGACGGAAAUCAUCAACGAAUGGGUUGAUACAAACACGAAUGGCAAGAUUGAGAAAAUCGUUGAAAGGAUUAACCCGCAAACACUGCUUUUCUUGAUUAACGCCAUCUAUUUUAAGGGUAACUGGCAGGAUGAGUUCGAUAAAUCAAUGACGCGGCCGGGCACUUUUCAUCUACCAAAUGGAACCGAGAAACGGGUAGAGAUGAUGCGUCGAGAGGGGGAGUAUCCAUACUUCCGCGGUGAGAAUUUUGAAGCAACAAGCCUGCCGUAUGGCGAUGGGCGAAUGAGUAUGUAUAUUUUCCUGCCUAAUCACAAUUCCAAUCUCAACAAAUUUUUGAGAGAUCUAAACGCCGAAAACUGGGAGGAUUGGAUAUCGGAGUUUCAGGAAAGACGGCACGAUAUGAUAGUUCCCCGUUUCAAAUUGGAAUAUGAAGUCAGUCUCAACGACACACUCGAAGCACUAGGGAUGGGAAUUGCUUUUGGUGGCGGUGCCGAUUUUAGCGGUAUGGGACCAAGCCUUUUUAUUAGUGAGGUGAGGCAUAAAACCUUCGUGGAAGUAAACGAAGAGGGAACGGAGGCGGCUGCUGUCACUGCUGUCGUGGGAGUUAAGUCUAUACCAUCGGUCUUCCGUGUAGAUCGUCCCUUCUUUUUCGCCAUUUAUGACGCUGAGACGGAGACCAUAUUGUUCAUGGGAACCAUCACAGAGCCGAUGUAG